AUGGAAAGAGCGACUUCAAAAAAGGGGGCAGGACCCGCAAGACCUUUCUUUGGCAACGAUAGCCUCCUCUUUCUCGGUGCCAAUGCUUCGGAAGCAAGAGUAGUGAAGAACAUACUCCAAAUUUAUGAAACAGUUUCGGGUCAGAAAAUCAACAAUGAGAAGUCGACAAUGGUUUGCAAUUGUAAUACACCAGAAUAUAAAGCUUUGGAGAUCCAAGGUAUUUUGGGUGUACAACUAGUGGAAUAA